GUCAGACCUCAGACCUCACCUCACCUCAUCACAAGUUCAGAAGAAACCAAUGGCCAUCACCAGGAUCCAGCCGCUAUCCGCUCACCUCCACCCGCGCGCCGCUACUCCGAGUGAUGACGAUCCGGCGGCAGGGAAGCAGCAGGUGUACACGGUGUGGAUGAAGUCGCUGGUGCUCAGCGGCCACGGGUGCACCGUCUACGGCGAGGACGGCCGCGUCGCCUACCGCGUCGACAACUACGGCUGCAGCCGCAGCCACGAGGCGUACGUCAUGGACGGCGACGGCAGGACGCUGCUCAAGCUCCUCAAGAAGAAUUUUGCGGCGUUCGAGACAUGGAAGGGCUACUCUUAUGGCACCACCGGUACUGCAGGCAUGGAGCAGGAGGAGAGCUCCAAGCGAUGGUUCAGCGUCCAGAAGGCCCGUGGGAUCCUGAAGAAGAAGGGAGGGCCGCUGGACAGUGGCCGAGCUGUGGCGACGGUCUGCGUCGGCGGGGAGGUUUACAGGAUCGACGGUGUGCCGCGCAAAUCGGAGUAUAGGAUCAGCGGGCCCGACGGCGAGGUCGUGGCGGAGACGAAGAGGAAGCAGACGGAGUCGGGGGUGGUGCUGGGAGAUGACGUCCUGAGCCUGACGGUGGGCCCUUCUGCAGAUGCAGCAGAUCGCCUGCUGCUUGUUGGGCUUGUGGUCGUUUGCGGCCUCCUCAGCCGCUGCAUCUGAAUCUGACAGACGUCUUCUGAAACUGAACGUUUUUGCACUGCUUGCAGGCUUGCAGCUGCAGUGUUUACUCAGGGAACAAGAGCAGUUUUUUACAGCUACUUUGUUACUACAAGAUUUUUGGAAAUAGUUUUUUU